GUUUGAUCAGUUCGAAUUGUGAGUUUGCGACGAGCAGACGAGACCGCGUGCCACAGCAACAACACGUUGAAAAGUUCGAGAGUUCGAAGCGCGUGUUCUGAAACACACUAAAUAUAUAUAACAAAUAAUUCAGAUUCAAAUAUAUAUAUAUAGCAAGAGUGUGUACAACCAUAGCAACUGAAGAAAACCAAGUGUAUACCCUGUAAAUUGUUUGAUUUGUGUGUUGACAUGUUGGCAGCUAGUGAGGCAGGCAGUCGCCGCUGCUGUUGCUGCUGACCAAGGCUAAUUCGAAACUAGCAAAGCCAAAGCACAAACAGAUACAGUCAAUACUAUCUAUAGAAAAAACAAUCAACGUUUCGAUUUGCCAACAGCAACAACUAUUGCUGUUGCCCACAAAAAAAAAAGUGUCAAUUACAACAACCGCAGCAACACACCCAAUCACACACACACACAGACACACACUGUAAUGGCCAGCAUACGUGCGCAUUCGCUGCUGUUGCUGCUGCGGCUUAUGUUGCUGCCGUCGCUGUUGCUGCCAGUGCUGCUGCUGCUGUUGACAGGCGGUGCGCAGGGCACGCGACUGCCGCUCGAGGUUUACGAGCUGACGCCGACGGCCAGCAGCGCCGAGAGCGAGGCAAAGCUCAAGAGCCUGGAAUAUACUAUCUACGAUGCCAAAGAGACAGCAGCAACACCAACAACAACAGGUGCAGCGGCAGCGGCAACAACAACCACAACCAGCAGCACGGCGAGGCCAACCAGCGAAAAGCCGCUAACUGUAGAUGUGGUCAGCAUCUCAGCGGAACAGCAGCAGCCAGAGCUGGAGCCUGCUAUGGGCAGACGCGCGCGCCAAAUGCUGCAGCAGCAGCAACAUCGGGCCACCACCAGCAGCAGCAGCAGCAGCAGCAAUAGCAAUAAGCAUGCGCACAGCGUCAAGGAUCUGCGCAUACUCUAUCAAGUUGGGGACUCUGAGGCCGACUUGCCGGUGUGCGCACCGAACGCGGUUUGCUCCAAGAUCGACCUGUACGAGACGCCCUGGAUAGAGCGACAAUGCCGCUGCCCCGAGUCGAAUCGCAUGCCCAACAACGUGAUCGUGCAUCAUCAUGAGCACGGCCAUGGCCUGCCCGAGGGCCAGAAGCAUCGCAGCUACUACGAGAAGGAGAAACUGCUGCAGCACAAGCGCUUGCUGCUGGGCGAGGAACUCUACCAGGACAAGCGCUACGAGAGCUUGCACUUGAAGAAGCUAAUGCAGAAGCUGGGCGCUGUCUACGAGGACGACCUGCAGCUGCACUCGAGCGACUACGUGGAACGCUCUCCCGACUAUAAUGAAGCGCUGCCACCUAGCUACGAACAGGUGGCGGGCAAUGAGUUGCCACACCUGCCGCCACGUGGCGGUGCGCAUAUGCGCCACUCAGGUCAUCGUGGCCAGAAGGAAGCGACCAGCUUCAUUGGCGGCUGCCCGAGCAGCCUGGGCGUAGAGGACGGCCACACCAUUGCGGACAAGACCAGGCACUACAAGCUCUGCCAGCCCGUGCACAAGUUGCCCGUUUGCAAACACUUCCGUGACUACACCUGGACGCUGACCACAGCCUUGGAGCUGAAUGUCACUGAGCAAAUAGUGCACUGUCGCUGUCCCAAGAACUCUGUGACCUAUCUGACCAAACGGGAGCCGGCGCCCAAUAGUCCAACAGCCUAUCGCUAUCUAUUCGCCUGUUCGCCGCUGACACGUCUGCGUUGUCAGCGCAAGCAGCCCUGCAAGCUGUUUACAGUGCGCAAGCGCCAGGAGUUUCUGGACGAGGUCAAUAUCAAUUCGUUGUGCCAGUGUCCCAAGGGUCAUCGCUGUCCCAGCCAUCAUACACAAUCCGGCGUUAUAGCGGGCGAAAGUUUUCUCGAGGAUAACAUACAAACUUAUUCCGGCUACUGCAUGGCCAACGAUUGAAUACUAGACAUAGACAUAUAUGUGGGUUUAUAGGUUUAGCUAGCACUAUGCAUAUAAGUCGACUGAGCCAAUUGAGUCUCGCCAAGUUAACAAUUAAACUGAACAAGAAAAACUAUACAAACUACAA